AAAUCAAAUAAUGCACUUACAUUAAUUGAAAAGGGUAAUGCAUGGAAAAGAUAAAUCUUCAAGUACUCCAUAAUUUGUGGUUUAACGAUUUCAUUACUAUUUAUUGUUGGUCAAAAUUCAGUUAAUUACAAUUAAAUAAUGAUUAACGGACGAGUUUUACAUUUUGUUUUUAAAAUCGGUGAACGUAAACUCACCGCCAAAUUUUAUAGAGAAAUUUUGGGAAUGAAGGUACUUCGACAUGAAGAAUUUGCAGAUGGCUGUGAAGCUGCUUGUAAUGGACCAUAUGCAAAUCGCUGGAGUAAAACAAUGAUUGGUUAUGGUCCUGAAGAUAGUCAUUUUGUGAUUGAACUGACCUACAACUAUGGUGUAGAUCUAUACGAAAUAGGCAAUGAUUUUCAAGGGAUAACAAUUCGUUCAAAAGAAAUAAUUGAUAGAGCUAAGAAACAUAAUUGGCCAAUUAAUGAACAAGAUGGAAAAUAUAUUUUAGAAGCUCCAGGUGGAUAUAAGUAUUUCAUCAUUAAUGAACCCCAACCUGUUAAUCAAGAUCCUAUCGAAAAAAUUGCUUUAUCGAGUUCUAAUCUUAAACACAGUAUUAUAUUUUGGAAAGAAAUCUUAGAAAUGACACUUGUUGAAGAAAAACAAAACAUGGCUAUUUUAGAAUAUGGAAGCAAUCAAGCUAAACUAGAAAUUAUAGAUAUUGGUAUUGAAGUUCAACAUGCAAAAGCCUAUGGUCGUAUUGCCUUUGGUGUUCCAAAAGCAGAACAAGAAGUUAUUCGUAAAAAAAUUAUAGAUAGUAAAAAUAAAAUUUUAACUGAUUUAAUAACUCUUGAUACUCCUGGAAAAGCAUCCGUAACUGUUAUAAUUUUAGCUGAUCCUGAUGAUCAUGAGAUUUGUUUUGUUGAUGAAGAAGGUUUUCAACAGUUAUCCAUUCCAGAUUAUGCAAGUGAAGCUAUUCUUGAUAAAUAUAUAAACAGAGAUGAUAAGAAAAAAGAACAAAAUAAGUGAUUCUAGUUUUAC